GCCGUCAGCCGAUGUAUCGAUAGCGUGUCGCAUCGAUACGCGCUGUGAGCAUUCCCUGCGCUUGCGCCUCAAUUGGCUUGUGGAAUUUUGAAUUUGAUUGUGUUUUUACGCGUUUUGUUUGUUAUAUUUGUUUUGCUGGUUUUCGUUUUGCGCGUUUUGUUUGUUUUUAGUGUUAGGCAAAAGCAACAGCUGAUGGCACUGCAUAUAUCGGUGAAAGGACACUUUGGCAGCAGCGGCAGGCGACCCGUCAGCGUACUCGACGAUCCAGUUCGUGUCCGAAAAGAUCUUGAAAACGAGCGUCGCAUAACUCGUUUACAGCAGGUGCGUGAAAAGUCCAGCGACUUGGCACGAAAAAUACGCCAGGAUGUUGCGGCGGAAAAGAAGCGCCAAAUCGAACGUUUGCAGCGAACCAAGCAGGACGAGCUGAAUGUAUGGCGCGAGCAUGUUUUGGCCAAAAAAAACCAAGACUACCGUACGGCCGUAUUUGAGGUGGGCACCGCCCAUCGUGCGGCCCAAGCGGAAACGGAACGCAACGAGAAGCGGCAGCAGGAGAAAAACGAUAAAAUAAAUAAAUGCAGACAGCGCGCAAUGAAAAGAAACGCAGGCAGAACGCAAGUGAAGCUGAAAUCAACUGCUGGUGUGAAAUUCAAUGCAGAAGGGCGCGCCACAACGGGCACACAGACGCCAAUGGCAGAGGCACAGCCACAGCCAGCGACUGAGGAGAAGGAAAAAGACAAGGAGAAUCGCGAGACUGGCGGGGGUACAAACCAUCAUCAAAGCAUUCCAAAACGCAGCUGCUGCCAUGACCAUCCCCAUUGCUACUGCCUGAGCUCGGACGAUGACGAGGAUUGUGUGGAUUUUGUGUGCGAGAGCAGCGACUCCUCCAUUCUGCACUUAGAGGAUGUUGCGCCCAGUGCCGAGGCGCCAAACAAACUGAAAAAGAACCCCACAGUCAUACUAGAUGUGAACAUUGACGACGUGGACUGCCGCGUGAUCAACACUUGCACGGGGCUGGACAUCAACGACAGACACAUUCAAACCAAUCGCAACUUCAGCCAUGUGGUGCGUCCCACGAGCGCGUCCAGCACGAGUCCACGCCGGCCGCGCUUUACACAAAUCACGGACUUGGUUAAGCGCACGGAGAUAAUUGUGCGGCCCGUGGAGGCUCCUGCACCAGCGCCAGUCGAAGCGCCAGCGCCUGAGGAACCAGCUCCAGUGCCAGCGCCGCCAAGCCCCACAAAGUCACUGCCCAGAUCGCCCAAGAAAGCAGCAAAGGCGCCUGCUGUGGCUGCAGCACCUAAGCGGACACAGCCAGCCAAGAAAGGCACAAAGCCGAGCCAACAGCAGGCAGCGCGCAGAACCACUGGACUGAAGACAGAUGCAACGCCUGCCAAGGUGAUAGAUGCGGGAUUGAAGCGCAAAACGUUGCCAAAAGCAGUAAACACUCAACCGCCAGCUGCAAAAGCGACACAGCAGGCAGCAGCUCAGGAAGGAGCUCCACCUUUAAUGCAGCAACUGCCGCCACAAAUGCAGCAACCUCUAGCAAUGCAGCAAGCGCCACAAAUGCAGCCACCGAAUCCUCAGCAGCUGGCUCAAUAUCCUCCUCAACAGCAGCAGCAGCAACAGGCAUAUCCUCCUCCUCAACAGCAACAGCAUGCAGGCUAUCGUCCAGCCAUGCAACAGCAGCAGCAAGCGGCAUAUCCUCCACCAUUACAGCAGCAAUAUCCUCCUCCUCCGCUGCAACAGCAGCAAGCGGCGUACGCUCCUCCAUUACAGCAACAGCCAGCUCGAUAUGCUCCUCCUUUGCAGCAGCAGCAGCAAGCACGUUAUGCUUCUCUUCCUCUGCAACAGCAAGCACGUUAUCCUCCUCCUCCGCCUCUGCAGCAGCAACAGCAAGCGGCAUUCCCUCCUCCACAUUCUUACGCUGCUUAUACCCAGUCUCAAGCGCCUUAUCCACAACAUUCCAUGCAGCCAAUGCAGCCAUAUGCCAUGCCCUAUCCAGCAGCUCCCCAGCAUGCCAUGUACGCACAGCAGCAGCAAGCAAUGCCGCUGCCCAGACCGCCUUCAACUGCCCAAAGAUCAUCAGCAGCGCCUUCCACGGACUCCACGGGCACAUUCAUGCUGCGCCAGCCAACGAACGUUCAUUUCUACGAUCACAACAACAAGUAUCAUCGCACCUACGAGGCGCCUGUCAGUUCGGUGCAAUUAAAUGGCCCAGAUGCGAGGCAACCCAAUGCCAUGGCUCAAGCGCUUAGUGAGAAUCAUUUGAGGGGAUUGCGGGAAGAAGAGCUGGAGCAGCUAAGGCAAAAGUGCGACAGGCGGGGACAGCGCGCCUUGGAGCGCGAACAAGUCCGAAGAGACUGCGCGGAAUUGACCGAAAAACUGGAGGCGCUAUCCCAACAGCAACCAAAUUUGCUGCCCAGCGAUGCCAACUUUAUAGCCAAUCAUCGCUAUGCAGAUUUGGCAGCGCGACGCGAGCACAAAAUGAACGAAGCCAUGGAGGAGAUGCUGCUGCGUCCGGCUAUUGUUACCUGCCCAGAAGUGGCUGCCACUACGACUGCUGCGAGAGCUGGUGGCAGGAGCAAGCAGCCCGAAGCCAAUGCCAUCAAUUUGGGUGCACAGCCAGACAGAGCGGCGGGCUUUAAGGGCAGCUCCGAGAGCUGCUGCUCCAUGCUGCUCGACUACGUGGAUGAUCAGAGCAAGCAGCUGCGUUCGGAUCUACGCGCCGCAGAGUCCAACACCACGAAAUCCCUCAGGCUAAAGAAUCUGCUGGAUCGUGUGGAAAAGAUACGCGUACAGCUGCUGGAGGAGCUGAAGGCAGGCGAACGAUCGUCCUCACAGGCAGACAAGGACAAGCAGGUGCUCGAUGGCAUACGGCAGGAGCGGGAGGAUAUUCUGACCGAAAAAGCGCGCACGCUCAACGAACGCGAAACGGAGCUGGUGCAGAAGGAAGCGCUGCUCGAGCAGCGUCUAAAAAAGUUCUACAAGGAGCAAAAGCAAAAGAAGAGCAGCGACAUCGAGGUGAAUGCGAAGGAUAAGCCAGUGAUCAUCAUCAAAGUCAACAGCGAUGGCACUGUGAAGCAGUGUAAACCCAAACCAAAAGCCAGAUCCACUGCCAUCGAGGCAGCCAAGGAACCAGCCUCAACGGACGCGCUGCCAGCCACGGAGCCGCAGCGUCAAAACUCCAUCGAUUCUAACUCCACAGCGUACCGCAGUCUGCCGCCAAUUAGCUACAAGAAUCUGCAGCCGCCAGCGUCGGCAACGGAGGGGCCGCCCACUCAAGUGGAUCCCAUGAUUGCGCACUACAUCCAGCGCCUGUUGGGCAUGACACGUCGCUCCGUGCAGGAGCUGAGCGUGAGCAGCUCGGAAGUGCCCACGCCCGAGCCGUCGAUCAUAAAUGUAUCGCGGAACAUGACACCCGAGGGGAGUGUCAGCGUGGCGCAGCCAGAGGAGACGGCAGCUGACAGACUGCGCAUGGAGCGGGUGCAGAACUUUAUACAGGACAAUCGCAGUUUUGUCAACGAGCUGGAGGACACGCUGCGCAGUCAGCAGGACAAAGAGAGCAGCAUGCAGACCUUCGAUCAAAUAUGGAACAAGCGCUUGGCCAACAAGCAGCUGCCCGCGACCAAGGAGCCAGCCAAAAGGCACAAGGAGAAAGCCCAGCCACGUCCCAGCAGCAACAGUCGGUCCAGUCCCACCAGAAAAUCUGUUACGCUAGCUCCGCCAGCCAAGCGCACAUCGCAGUCUGCGGUGGAGAGCCAGCAGCCGCCAUCUGAGGUGCACAUCGAACGCUAUGCGCAGCUCACCGAGAACUGCACGCAUCGCAUAGCCGAGCUCACGGAGCUGAUAACCAAAGUGCGCGAGGAGAAGCAGCGGCUGGUGGAGGUCACGCUCACCUCGGCCAGCGAAGGCGAGCGACUGUCCACGGAGUACUUGGAGCUGCCAGAAGGGCAGAAAGAGUCACAGAAGCAGACACAGAGGGCGGCUAGAUCUAGGACCAUCUCGGAUCGCAGCGACAACACAACGCCCUCCACCUCUGAGGCGCUGCCGCUCAUAAAACACAAGCCAACGGCUGCCAGCCGAGACAGUGGCAUCUCCGAGUCGCGACCCAUCACAGCCUUGGGUCAGGUGCCCGCCGAUGCAGAGCCAGCCGCAAGCACGCAGCGCAGGGCCAGAGCACCACCGGCCACCAUGCGCCGCUACAGCCCACAGCUGGAUGCCGAUGAGCUGGCACACGAAUUGUCCACCAUCGCAGAGGUGGAGACGCCCGGCCAGUCGCAUUUGGUGGCUGCCACGCCACUGCCCAAACCGUUUCCCAAUUUCGAUGAUUAUGCGCGUGAGCUGCAGCUGGACCUGUCCCACUUGGAUGCGGAUCAGAGUCAGCAACUGAAGGCGGACUUCGAUGAGCUCGUGCAGGCCAUCAAUCAGCAGUGCGGCGGCCUCAACUACCGCGAGUUUCCCAGCAUCAAUGCGUAUCUGAGAAACGUCACCACCACCCGAUUACACGUGGAGGAGACGGACCAAGGCACUGUGACAACGGGCGAGCUCAUGCGACAAUUGCGACUGGACAGCGUGCCCAUUGAGGAGUUUCCCGAUCGGCGGGCGUACAUGCAACAGCUGCCAGCAGAGCAGAGAGAAAUGAUUGACACAGCCAGCCUCGAGCACGAUUCCUCAGAUUCGUUUGAUGUGGAAAAGGAGCUGCGUCAGCGUCGCAUCAUCAAGUCCACGGUACGGCGUUCGGAUGGCAACACGGAAGUCAUCACCACGCAGGAGGUGGCCAGCAGCACGCGCCGGGAGAGCGUGCCACCCGACUCCACGGAGCCGCCCAACGAGAGCGGCAUUGAGCAGCUCACGGGCAGCAGCUUGUCGCGCGAGUUUGACCGCGAACUGCAGCGCAUUGGCGUGCAUCGCUUGAGUGGCGGUCGGAGUGGCACCGAUCGUUCCGCUCAGGAUGCCAGUCAGAUUGGUCGCUCGCUGAAUCUGCGCGAAUUUCUCACGCGCGAGCUGCUCAAGCAUCGUGUGGACAGCUCGGAUGAUUCCCUGAAGAGCAGCUUUCUGCACUCGCUGGUGGACUCGCUUUCCCGCUCCAGCUCGCCGCAGAGCCCCAGCCUGGGUCAUGGCACGGGCGCCACCACCGAUCGACAAAAGACAUCGACGCCGCGCGGCUCCUUUCAGACGGUGCAGGAAAAGUCGGCCAAUGGCUUGACCACACAAUCGGUGCCCUCGGCCUCCAAUUCGCAAUUGUUUUCGGGCGAGAGUCGCAUUUCGUUGAUCAAUUAUCCGGAUGGAACGCCGCCGGUGCCAUUUGCAACAGCUGUGAGCUGCGAGCUGUGCGGGUAA